AUGAGCAAAACCUACCGUAUGCUGAUAGGUGAUGACCUCGUCAGUUCCGUCAGCUAUUUCGAGAAGUUCAAUCCAGCCAAUGGGGCUCUCUUGGCAAGGGUCCCAGGGGUUACCGCUGAGCAGAUUGAUGAAGCUGUCUCCGCUGGUAGGAAGGCUUUCGAAGCAUUCUCCAAAAUGUCGAAGGAUGCAAGGAACUCUAUUCUACUGGCGUGCAGCGAGGCAAUGACGGCUAGUUCUACUGAACUGGCAGAACUACUGUGUGAAGAGCAAGGGAAGCCGCUCUCCAGUGCGACUAAAGAGGUCGAAUGGGCAAUCAGUAGUUUCAAGAAGGCAGCUAAUAUGCCUAUCCCAGUGAAGGUCAUUCACGAGGACGACACUGGCAGAGUAGAAGUUCGCUACUGCCCCAUCGGCGUCGUGGCAGCUAUAGUUCCCUGGAACUUCCCCUUGGCAAUUGCUGCCUGUCACGCAGCGAUCUCCCUGGCGUUUGGUAAUGCUGUUAUUAUAAAGCCGUCUCCCCACACGCCGUUGACGGCUCUACGUCUGGGGGAGCUCUUCAAUGGCAUCGUACCUCCUGGUCUCAUCCAAGUAUUCACUGGACCCGACACUCCGGGAGAUUUUAAUGUUGGUAAUUAUCUAGUUCAACACCCCGGUAUCCGCAAAGUCUCAUUUACGGGCAGCGUUGCGACUGGCAAACGUGUUUUGGCUAACACUAUUGCCGAUUUGACGAGGUGCACUCUCGAACUUGGUGGAAACGACCCUGCGAUAGUUCUACCUGACGCCUCUGUGCCACAAGUUGUCCCCCAUAUCUUGCGGGCGGCAUUCAUGAAUUCGGGCCAGGUCUGCUCUGCCGUUAAACGCAUUUAUGUCCAUGAAGCGAUCUAUGAUGACUUCGUUACAGCUGCUUCUGAGGAAGUAGGGAAGCUGAGCAGCUUGGUGGGGGACGGUAGGGAGUCUAAUGUCAAGUACGGCCCAUUGAACAAUGAGAUGCAAUAUAACCGAGUAAAGGAGCUGGUUGCUGAUGCUGUGAAGCACGGAGGCGAGAUCAUCCACGGACAGCUGAGGGAGGGGUUACCGGAGAAUGGAUACUUCAUGGCUCCGUCCAUAGUAACUGGUAUUACCGAUGGAGUCCGGUUGGUGGACGAAGAACAGUUCGGACCGGUUGUACCCAUAAUGAAAUACGCUGACGAGGCGGAGGUAAUCGCGCGGGCCAACGGCACACCUUACGGUCUGUCGGCGUCGGUGUGGGGAUCAGACUGCGAUGCGUUGAACAGAAUAGCUACACAGAUACUUGCCGGAGUUGUCAGCAUAAAUAGCCAUGGAUUGAGUGGGGAAUUCGACUAUCCCUUUGGGGGGUUCAAAGACUCCGGUCUUGGUCGUGAGGGUGACUUCGGUGAUGCCGACUUGAUGGCCUUCACCGAGACUCAAACCAUCAGAGUGGCAACGCGUGAUUCGUAG